UUGUGUGUAUGUGUGUGGACUUCGACAACCAUCAACAAAAGCAAAAGGUCUUCUUGAGCUCUGCGACCCUCUAUCCGCCUGUGCUGUUCCUUGAUUGUGUGGUUCACAUCCCUCUCUUUCUGCCCGUCCUUCCAUAACACAACUUCCCCUCCCUACACAUACCUGUUCAUUCUUCAACCUCUCAUUCCAUUUGCCUUGCGCGUUACACAUCCCAGACCCUCUUCAACACAAAGAAAACAAUGUCGGAUCCAUUCUUCGCACCUGUCAAGAAAACCGGCAGCACUGGAGGUCGAGGGGGCUCACAUCGCGGCCGUGGUCGUGGAGGAAAGUCAGGAGGGUCCCGCGCAGUCAACCCUGGACCAAAGCUCGAUACUGGCAGAAAGAACAAGGCCACAACGUCUUUGGCUGGGAAGAGAAAACUCCGUGGCGACUCUUCGGACGAAGAAGGCAAUGCAAGAGGCCGUCAUGUUAAGGCCAGGAAAGGGGCUGCAGCUGAGGACGAUGACGAAGGCGGCGAUGAGAUUGGUGCUGGAGGAAUUGAUGAUAUGGACUUGGAGUUCGGCGAUUCUGAAGACGAAUCUGAGGAUGAGGCUCUGCUGAACGAAACUCCGGCACAGAAGCGACUGAGGCUGGCCAAGAAUUACAUUGAUACUCUGCAGCAUGCAGGAGACGACGAGAUUGGAUACGAUGCUGAGGACAUUGAUCGGGACAACAUUGCAGACCGCUUGAAGCAGGACGCUCUUGAGAUCCAAGGUCGCCUUCAUAGACAUCUCGCAGAGACGUUCCAGUUCCCUAUCAACACACAAACCGCCAUCAGAACUUGCAGAGGACACAGCCUGUCAACAACCUCAAUUGCCGCAACCGAAAACGGACUCUAUGCCUACUCUGGAUCAAAGGACGGAUCGAUCAUCAAGUGGGACCUGAAAACCGGCAAAAAGCUCUUUGUCUUUCCAGGAGGACGGAAAAGCGUUGAAGGAUUUAAGGGCCACACGGAUCAUAUCAUUUGCUUAGCCGUCAGCACUGACAAUCAGUUUUUGGCAUCAGGAGGCAAAGACAAGAAGAUCAAUAUCUGGUCGGUGCAAGACAACAAGUGGUUGCAUUGCUUCAAGCAACAGCACAAGGAUACCAUUACAGGCAUGUCUUUCCGUAGAGGACAGAACAAUCAGCUCUACACGGUCUCGAGCGAUCGCACCGUCAAAUUGUGGAACGUGGACGAGAUGAGCUAUAUCGAAACACUCUUUGGUCAUCAGGACAGUAUCACUGCCGUUGACAGUCUGGCCAAGGAGCACUGUGUCUCCACAGGUGGAAGGGAUCGCACAGUCCGUCUGUGGAAGAUCGUGGAGGAGUCGCAGCUCGUGUUCCGAGGAGGCGGAUUCAUCCGACCCAAGAGGCUGAGCAAGGACGAACCGGAUCAGUCCAAAAUGGUGACGACCCCUGGCCCUGACGGUGGAGUUAUUAUGAAGGAGAAGAAGGAUCCAUCAUUUUUGGAGGGCUCUAUGGACUGCUUGGCCAUGAUCGAUGAGGAAAACUUCUUGACUGGAGGCGACAGUGGAACUAUCUCGUUAUGGAACAUUAACAAGAAGAAGGCCGUUUUCUCUAUGCCCUUGGCUCACGGCUUUCAUACGCAACCUCUGGACUUCUCGAACGGUGAGGCUAAGCCCAGCGGAGGAGUUGAGACCCCUUAUUGGAUCACAGCUUUGGCAUCGCUGCGGUACUCGGACAUGUUUGUCAGCGGCUCCUGGGAUGGCACCAUUCGCGUCUGGCAGAUUGGAAAGAACAUGAAGAACUUUUCUCUCAUCAGUACCAUUCCUGUGGUCGGUGUUGUGAAUGACCUUCAACUCUAUCAACCAACGCUUUCCAUAAAGACAUUGCUGGUCGCCGCAAUCGGCCAGGAGCACAAGCUGGGUCGCUGGUUGAGGAUAAAGCCCGCCCGCAACUGUAUGCAGAUCGUAGAGCUAAGCGCGAAAGCAAAGGACGCUGCACCAGUAGAAAGCGUAGACGAGGACUAGGAUAACGCGGAGAAAAAGGCGUAACCAACCCCUUCAACGCAUUUAAUUACAGCACACCUGCAUCAUCAAUAAAACAACCAGCAUCUUGCACGAU